UACUUUCGUAUAUUGGUCGGGGAGGUGAUAUAAGGAGGACGGACUGUCGCAUAAGAUCAGGGAACAAUGAAAAAGUUAAAAAUUGCUAUAAUCGGCCAGAACAACUUCGCUGCGGAGGUCUACAGAACACUGAAGAGGGAUGGUCAUGAAAUAACUGGAGUUUUCACCGUACCAGAUAAAUCGGACCGAGAAGACAUACUCGCGAUAACGGCAAAGACCGAUGGGACUCCGGUCUUUAAGAUCAAAACAUGGCGCUCCAAGGGUGCGAGUCUUCCAAGCGUCCUCGAGCUUUACCGGAGCAUCGAGGUUGAUCUCAACGUCCUGCCCUUUUGCACGCAGUUCAUACCCAUCGAGGUGAUCAACCAGCCCAAGUAUCGGAGCAUAUGUUACCAUCCGUCGCUGUUGCCAAGACAUCGAGGUGCCAGCGCCAUUAGUUGGACGCUGAUAGAGGGCGACGAGGUUGCCGGCAUCUCGAUAUUCUGGGCGGACGAGGGACUGGACACGGGUCCGAUCCUCCUGCAGCAAAGCUGUCCCGUAGAUCCGGACGACACCCUCGAUUCGCUCUACAAGAGAUUCAUGUACCCCGAGGGCAUUAAGGCGAUGGCAGAGGCCGUGAGGCUCGUCGCCAAGGGCUUGGCGCCCAUCCAGCCGCAGACCGAGGAUGGCGCCACCUACGAGCCGAUGCUCAGCAAAAAGGAGCUGCAGAGGCUCGUGUGGGAGGGCAAGGACGCCAAGCGGGCGCACAACUUUAUUCGCGCUCUGGACUCGACACCCGGGGCCUGGACGCUCCUCGAUGGCAUCGAGACGAGGCUCUACGGCAGUAGCCUUUGGCCAGCAGGAUGUAAUGCAGUCGAGGGAGACCAUGUGAACGUCGACGGUCGACGGGCAGGAUUAUUGAUAAUGGCCGAAGACGGAGCCUAUUUGAAUGUUAAAGUACUGAAGAUCGAUGGAAGGACGAUAAAUGCUAGUAGCUACGGCAAGUCAACGAGCGAAGACAAGAAGAUCGAAUUUACGGAACAGGAGCGUCUCGAUAUCGAAAAUAUACGGAAGAUUUGGGAGAGCAUCUUGGGCAUGGAAGUUAACGACGACGUUGACUUCUUUGCUUUCGGAGCGAGCAGCAUGGACGUGGUGCGGCUGGUCGAAGAACUGAAGGACAGCCUCGACAUUCAUCUACAAAACACGGAUGUGUUCAUGGCACCGGUGUUCAGCGAGCUGGCGACGGCGGCGAUACUGGCGAGGCGCGGGUCCAGCGCCAACCAGGAGCUCGACUUCGAGGCGGUGGUGAUGCAGGCCAAUGGGAUGGAGCUGCGCUUCCCCCGGCAGCUCUUCAUCGGGGGUCGUUUCGUCAACGGCUCGGGCGAGCCCAUUGAUACUAUCAAUCCCCACGACGAGAGCGUCCUCUGUUCGGUCGAGAGCGCCUCGACGGAGGACGUUGACCGGGCCGUUAAAGCGGCAAAGGUCGCGUUCGAGGAGGGCGAGUGGAGCAAAAUAAGUGCUCGGGAGCGGGGCACUCUUCUUUUCAAGCUGGCGGACCUGAUGGAGCAGCAUAAAGAGGAGUUGGCGACCCUGGAGAGCCUCGACUCAGGCGCGGUGUACACCCUCGCGCUGAAGACCCACGUGGGUAUGUCGAUCGAGACCUGGCGCUACUUUGCCGGCUGGUGCGACAAGAUCCAGGGGACGACGGUGCCGAUAUCGCACGCGCGGCCCAAUCGUAACCUCACGAUCACGAGGCGGGAACCGCUCGGCGUCUGCGGCCUCGUCACACCCUGGAACUACCCGCUGAUGAUGCUCUCGUGGAAGAUGGCCGCAUGCCUCGCCGCAGGUAACACGGUCGUCAUGAAGCCCGCCCAGACGUCGCCCCUUACCGCUUUGAAGUUCGCCGAGCUCUCGGCCAAGGCCGGCAUCCCACCAGGUGUGAUCAACAUUGUGCCAGGAACAGGACCAAUUGCCGGGAACGCGAUCGCCCAUCAUCCAUUAGUGAGAAAGCUCGGCUUUACCGGAUCGACGAACGUCGGCCAAGUGAUUAUGAAAUCAUGCGCUGAAAGUAACUUGAAGAAAGUCUCAUUGGAGCUCGGCGGAAAAAGUCCGUUGGUUAUAUUCGAAGAUGCCGACAUGCAACAAGCCGUGAGACUCGCGAUGAGCAGCGUUUUCUUUAAUAAGGGCGAAAAUUGUAUCGCUGCUGGUCGCAUCUUCGUCGAGGAGCGCAUUGAAAAAGAAUUUCUGGAGCGCGUAGUGACUGAGACUAAGAAGCUGACGAUCGGCGAUCCACUUAACCGCUCCACCAACCAUGGACCCCAGAAUCACAAGGCUCAUCUGGACAAGCUCUUGGAGUUUGUGAAGCAAGGGAUGGAUGGGCACGCGCGCCUCGUUUACGGUGGCAAACGACUGCCCAUGAAGGGCUACUACUUCGAGCCGACGAUCUUCGCGGACGUGCGGGACGGAAGCUUUUUAGCGAGCGAGGAGUCCUUCGGGCCCAUCAUGAUCGUCUCGAGCUUCAGCUCGCGGGAUCUCGAGGGUGUAAUCGCCCGGGCGAAUGCUACGGAGUACGGACUGGCCUCGGGAGUCCUUACCCGGGACAUUAAUCGGGCGCUAAGGUUCGCUGAGAAGAUCGACGCCGGCACAGUCUUCGUCAACACAUACAACAAGACGGACGUAGCCGCGCCCUUCGGUGGUUUCAAGAGGUCUGGCUUCGGCAAAGACUUGGGCCAGGACGCCCUCAACGAAUAUCUCAAGACCAAGACCAUCACUAUCGAAUACUAAGGAUACCCUACCUUUUUUUCUUGCGCUUAUCUACCUCUAAUUUAAUAAGCCUUUAUCUCGUUUUUUUUUGUUUUUUUUUGUUUUUUUUUUUUUUUAAAGAGGGAGAUUGUAGCAGCGUUUGCUCCUAAAAUAAUCGUAAAAUAAUCCCUAAUAAGGAAAAUAUUAAUACAUUGUAGACGGGGGAAUCGACCUCUUCAUUGCUCAACUCUCUCGCUCUUCUCACUUUGAACAUUUAAUAGUUUCAUGUUGG